AUGUUUCGAAGAGCAGAGCAGGUGGCCCCAGAGUUCCUGUAUAAGCCGGAGUGUAGCUGGCCAGAGGAAGCGCUCGAGUCGACAACAGCCGAAGAAUUAAGGAUGGUCCAUGUGCACCAGUUGCCACCGACGCAGCCAGUCAUCGAGUUCGAACGGUUUUCAAUGGACGAAUCAAAGAAGGACGGAGAAACCUUGAGCAGUGAGGAGUGUGAACAAGCGGAGUCGACCGUGUUUAAGCUGAUCCAAGCGACUGAAUACAAAAUUCUGCGGAAAAAUCACCAAGUGCAGCUAGACCAACGUAAACGUAUCCAGAAGAGCAGUCGGAUAUUCAAACUAUCUCCGUUUCUAGACCCAACUGGAGUCAUGCGAAUGGGAUCAUGCAUAGCUGCCGCAGAGUGUGUUUUAGAUGAAGCCAAGUUUCCCGUGAUCUUGCCGAAGGAUCACUACGUCAUGCAGCUAGUUAUUAACUGGUAUCACAAGAAGUAUGGAAACGCGAACAACGAAACGGUGGUGAACGAAAUGCGGCAGAAGUUCCACAUCUCAGAACUGUGA